AUGCGAAAAGAAUAUUUCAUUGGUGACCAAAAUAGUGUACUGGCCGAAAACGGUCAUUUCAGAAUGGCCGAAAAGGGAAAGGUGCAUUUUGGCCGAAAACGGUGCCACCCUGUAGUUCAUCCGAAUAACAGUGAAUGUUUUUAUUUAAGAAUUUUGCUCCAUGUGAUCAAAGGUCCAAUUUCUUUUGCAAGUCUACGAACUGUGCAAGGAGUGACGUACGAUACAUUUCAAGAAGCAUGCAAAGCAAUGGGUUUGUUAGAAGAUGAUUUCCAAUGGGAAAACACAUUAUCUGAAGCUACUGUGUGUUACCCGAUAAGGGGCUGGCAAAAUCAUCGUGCAAGUAUGGCUGAAGACGUAUUGUUUCGAAAACAACAAGAAUGUCUAUCAGAUGAUAUAAAUUACGAUGAAAAUAUUUUUAAUGAAGCUUUACUUGAGUUGAAUAAAGUGGUGCAAUCAGUUUCUGGCAAAAAUAUCACUGAUUUUGGAUUAAUUCUAUCGAACAAUAUAGAUCUGAAUACCAAUACUGAAUACUUGCGAGAGACGUCCUACGAUAGUUUCCGUCUAUUACAGGUCGUUCGAAAUGAGAGACGUUUAAACUCUGAUCAGAAAACGGUUUAUGACGCAGUAAUGACAUCUAUUAAUAAUUACGAAGAACAGACAGAAAAACCUAACCUUGCUGUGGCUUCAUCUGGAAUUGCAGCUACGCAUUUAGAAGGUGGUCGAACUGCGCAUUCCACUUUCAAGAUCCCGCUAAAAAUGUCCUACGAUGACACAUCAAGUGUCUGUAAUAUAUCCAAACAAAGCAACACUGCUCAAUUGAUGCGGGAUUGUGUGUUCAUUGUUUGGGACGAAGCAUCUAUGUCCCACAAAAGUUCGGUUGAGGCAUUAGGUUAG